CAUAACAUAACCUUUAUUUGCGGCUUAUUUAGAACGGGCGUUUCGUAAAAUUCUGUGAAAUUAGUUGUGUUUGACUGUUUAACAAGAUGGAACACGACAUUAUUAAAAGAUGAAUUGACUAGAAAAAAUCUUCAAAAGUGUGCGUAAUAGUGAAAAAUAUAAUAAAAUACGUGUGUAAUAUUAUGUUCAACACAAACUUGUGCUUAAGAAUAAUAUGCCCAAUUUUAAUCGAUUACCAGAUUAUGGACCUUUAGAAAUAGAAGACCUUCAGAGGUUCUUGGACGAAUCAAAAAAAUUGGUAUUGCAAAACUUUGAUUCAAAACUUGAUGUUCAGAAUGACAGUUUGACAUUUGAAAAGCUAAUCCAUAAGAAAAUUAUAGGAGUAGGGACGUUUGGAGUGGUUUUGCUAAUGAAGGAUGAAACCGAAGAUACAUAUUAUGCAGUGAAAGCAAUAAAUAAAAAAGUUAUUGUAAAAUCGAAACAAAUACCACACAUUCUUAACGAGAAAAAGAUUCUUAAUGUAACUAACUUUCCAUUUAUUAUAUAUUUGGUCAAUUAUUUCUCAGAUAACAGCUAUUUAUACUUUGUGUUACCAUUUGUUUCUGGUGGCGACCUAUUUACUUCUUUGAGACGGGUCCACAAAUUCAACGAUGGUCUUUCGAGAUUUUAUGCGUCUCAAGUGGUUUUAGCAUUAGAGUAUCUACACCACUUAGACAUUAUCUAUAGAGAUCUUAAACCUGAAAACAUUCUUUUAGAUCAUACCGGAUACAUUAAAUUGACAGACUUUGGAUUUGGUAAAAUUUUAAAAUCUCGGACUUGGACUUUAUGUGGAACACCAGAAUAUCUAGCUCCAGAAGUUGUGUUGAAUAGAGGAUAUAGUAAAGCGGUGGAUUGGUGGGCUCUCGGAGUUCUCAUAUUCGAAAUGAUUUGUGGGCGAUCACCUUUUGUUUCUCGAGAGCCAAUAAGGAUUUACGAGAAGAUUCUAUCAAACAGAUACGUUUUUACACCCGAAGCUUUGCCAGAUGCUAAAGAUUUAAUAAAACAAUUAUUACAGCCAAACAUUUCACUGCGGAUUGGUUCUCUCAAACAUGGAGUAAAAGACAUAAAAGACCACCCGUGGUUCCGACCUAUUGAUUGGAUGAUGGUGUUAAACAGGAAGAUGGAUCCACCCUUUGUACCACAAGUAAAUAAAGUAGGUGACAAUUUUAAAAAUUAUAAUGAUAUUACUCUAAAAGUGUCCGAAACAGAACGAUUUGCCCAAGAAUUUGAAGGGUUUUAAUCGUGUAUAUGUUUGGUAAUAAAUUUGUAAUAAAUCAAGGUAUAAAUAUUUGGUGCUUAAAAUUGUCAUAAAACAUCACAGGUUAAAAAUCUCUCUUUCAUGCAAGUAAUAAAAUAAAUUAAAUUAAACUAACGCGAUUUUGUUGAAGGUGAUUGAUAUAGGUAGUCUAUACUCAAAAUAAACUGUUCUCGAAGUUUUUCUGGAUAUGGGAACUAAUGAUUUAGUUCCUUAUUGUGAAGGGGGAUAAUAAUAACUGUUUUGGAACUCCUUCUUCUUCUGAGAGGGCUGAGGGAUGUGGAAAUGGAAUAUUAAGCCUUCUGAGUUUAUAGGUUACGUUUUGACGGAAUUUUCCUCUAUUUCACAUAGAAUAAAAUAUUGGAUUCUAUGUCUUUUUUAUGCUUUCAAUAAUAAAUUCUUUAUGAAGAAGGUUGUUAUGACAAAGGAUGAGUAGUAUUAAAAGUACAUAGUGGCUUGUCUGUUUAUUGUAUUUCUAUACUUUCAGUCCCAUGUGUGCCAAAAAUGG